AUGGAUGAAGAUUUGAAUCAGCAACAUUUGGAUGGAAUAGAAGGACGUAUGAGAUGCCUAGAAGUGGUAGCUUUCAGCGCUAGGGAACGUCAGAGAGAACGACUAAGUCACGCUCCGAUUCGGAUAGUUAACUAUGCAGGAGAAGUGAUAACAGUAGCUCAUCUUCAGGAUGAAGAAAGGGUGUUUGAUGAAAAUGUUGGUGUCGAUGUUAGAGGAGAGGAGAUGGUGGGAGAUGGGACAGCAGGUAAAAGAAAAGCUAGCUGUUUGGUUGCCAAAGCAUUGGGGGUGAAAACCAAUGAGGGGGAAGGUUUUGCUGCAAAGUUGUUUCACUGUAAUGUCUGCUUGAAUAGAGCAAAGGAUCCUGUUUUAACUUGUUGUGGUCACUUGUUUUGUUGGGCUUGCUUUCUUAAGCUGCCAUAUGCUUAUUCAAAGGCCAAGGAAUGUCCAGUUUGUCAAGGAGAGGUCACAAAUGAAAGCAUUAUCACAAUCUAUGGCAACUCAAAUGUUCAGAACAGUGGCAAGGUGAAAUUUGAUGAACCUAGUUAUAAAAUUCCUUCUAGACCCCGUUCAAGGAGGGUUGAGAGUACCAGGCAGCAAUUCAGCAAUUGA